AUCUCUGACAAACAACAGAGCAGGAAGAAGUUGGUAGAGGUUUGGUUAGACUUUUCUCUGGGAUAGUUUUGGAUAGUUCCUGGAUACCAACACCAUGGAUAACUUCCAGACAGUACUGCGUUUCUUCGUGGACCAAAAAACCACCAUUGGUUACAGUUUUAUGGCACUCCUAACUAUAGGUGGGGAGCGAGCUUUUUCCAUGAUUUCAUUUCAGUGCCCAUGUAACCAUGAGCAGAAUUUCACGUAUGGGCUGACGUUUCUGCUUGGUCCAGCUGCAGUGCUUUUUGUUUUGGGUCUGUUCUUCAGCAGCGGGCUGUGGAGGCUCUACACUGGCUGCUGUCUUAACCCCAUGAAGCUUUGUCCUCGCGGGAACGCCACUGGCUGUUUCAGGGUCUUAUUGAGCAUUAUUACUGGUGCUUGUGUGGCCCCUGUUAUGUGGCUGUGCGUGGCCUUGCUCAAUGGGACCUUUUAUGAAUGUGCCAUCAGCGGUCUGGAUGAUAACCUGGUUGUGAAUCUGUUUUGUAAAAACAAGACGUUGCAGUGUCGGAAGCAGCUGGCCCUGGUUCCCUGUGAUAACUCUAAACUCUCCAGUGAUGAACGGAUGAAGCUGCUGAUGAUGUUCAGGGCUCAGUCACAAAUUUUGGGCUGGAGUGUCAUAAUUCUUGCUGCCAUUGUAGGUCUUUUGGGCACUUGCUGCAAAAACUGCCGCUCCCAGGUCAGCUACCUGCAGCUUACGUUCUGGAAGCGUUAUAUUGAGAAAGAGAAGGAGUGCUUUGAUGCCUUCACUGUGGACUAUGCAAAAAAGCUGGCUGAGAGAAACCUGCAGAGCUUUUUUGAGAACAAAGAACCUGAUCCCAUGCCAUUUCCAAGCCACAAGGCAUGGGAGGAGAUCUCUGCAUACUACACUUUCUCCAAGAGUGAACAGUUUUACAGUACUCUGCAGCGCUACGUAGAGCGGAUAGACAGGGAUUUCACACCAGAAAAUCUGUAAGGAUUUGGGUUUUUCUCUGUGUUGAUUUGAGUUCUCUGUGUGUUUAUUUUGAGUUCCUGUGUCUUCCGAGUCUCUGCUGUCCUGUCUUCCCCUUGAUUAUUCCCAGGUGUGUCUCGUUCCCUGAUUACCUUCUGUAUAUUUAAUGUCACCUGUGUCUCUGCGUCUCUGUCGGGUCCUUGUCAAAUGUUUGGUUCCAGUUUGUCUUGCUGUCCCUUCGUUUAGCCAGUUGCUACCAGUGAUGAGCCUUAGCUUUCCGCUCCGCCUUCUGCUGCCUGGUAUUUGGGAUUGUUAGACUUUGUAUUUUUGGGCACCAAUCAUUAAAACCAUCAUUAUUCAUCUAAUCCUGGGUCUACUGCCUGCUGCCUCACCACCUCAUCCACCACGUCAUGACAAAAACGACCCGUUCUGGACAUGGAGCAUGGGAUAGAGAUGACCUGAACAACAACCCACUGAAGAGAGAAACGAAGGUCUGCUAAACAAAUGGAUAUUAAAGACACUCAUACAAUUUACUGAUGGUAUUUAACUUUGGCUAAUCAUACUUGAUCAUUUUCCACAACCAGCUACAGACAACAACAAAUAAACAGAAAGCAUCACUCACUGUGUCUUGCUUGAAAGUCUAAAUGGUCACAUUACUAUGUAUGUGUGUAUAUAUAUAUAUAUAAGGUCCCUAAGUUACUUAAAACAGUUUGGGGGUUUUUACAUUUAAUUUCCACUGUAAUUCUAUAAAACUUUCUAUGAAGCUUUUAGAUGGUAAAGUACAAAAAAUGUGUAAAAUUGAAUUUGAACGUUGACUUUGAAUUUCACACAUUGUUGUACUUUACAUGUCACUGACUUGGAGCAAUUUUCUGCAGUCACUUAGAAAACCUUUAAUCUCAUUUGAAUAUUAGACUGAACUUAAUGCACUGAUAACUAGAAUUAAUUGGAAGGUAUGUGUGACUGAAUUAUUUUAUUUUUUUGUAAAGUGCCUUGAGACAUUUGUGAAAUGGCACAAGAAUCAAUCAUAUGAAUUUCUCUAGGACCACAACCCAACUUCCUCCGUUAUUAUUAUUAUUAUUAUUACAGUCACAGUUCUCAGUGAGUGCCAGCCAGCUGGAGACAUCCUGGAAGGAAGCGGGUCGAAGUGGAAAUCCUUUUGGACCAACCUACCGAUAUAAUCUGCAUCAGAGGAAGGUCUAAGACUCCCUCUGUUUGCUUUAAUUCCGUUUACAUAAAUAAGCUGAAUAUAAUUUUAUUUCAGUGUCAACGUUUAUAUUUUCAGUCACAAUUAUAUUUUCCAAUUCCCAUAUCUUUCAGGUUCAUUUUAAGCUGCCAUUGCAUUAGUCCUGUACAAGUUUGGGCUGCAUAUAGUCAUUUGUUUUCAACUUUCAUAAUUUAAAAAAAAUAAUAAUUUUGCUUUGAGUUUUUACAAAGUGCACCUGUAUUUUCUGUAAUCAGAAAGCCUAUCCUGAUUACUGAUUGGGUGGAUCAGGCCUGGACAGAUGCUGUCUGUCUCUGACAUGAUGUUUUGGUCAGCAUCAGGUCAGGGACAGAUGUUGUCCAGGAUAGGACUGAUGCAGACAUGUAGAGAAAAUAGUAACUGCACAUUUCAAUUUGAUCCCAAUAGGCAAAACCAGGAGUAAUGGGACAACAGAAAUGAUAUAUCUAUAUAUCUGCUGAAUGCAAGUUAGUGAUUUAUAAUGUAAAAGAAAAAAAAAUUCAUAUGAUUUUUCAUGAAAAAAUUUUAAACAAAACCGAUUUUAAGGAAAUUGGGUUUGUUGCGUAUUUACAUGAACAUUGUAUUCUGUCUUUUAAAUGAUGUCUAAAUGUUGUAAUUAAAAAUUCUACU